AUGGGGAUGAAUCGGCAAUAUGUCCCUCUCGACCCCACAAGAGGUGGGAAGUCGUCGGCUAUCAUCCUCGCCUUCGCCAUGGCCGGCAGUGUCGCCAUCCUCGCCGCGUCCGUCUUCCUCGGUGUGAAGCUCGCGUCGAUGCAAGGAGAGGAACCCCCUCCACCUCCCGCUCCGCUACCGCCCCCGCCCAUCAACGUCACCAUCACGUCCAAGAUCCAGAUGGCCCUGCUCUUCCUCGAAACCCAAAAAUCGGGUAAACUACCCCCGGAUUAUCCCAUCACUUGGCGAAAUAACUCGGGGAUGCGGGACGGCCAGGAUCAGAACCGGGAUCUACGGGGCGGAUACUACAUCGGCGGCAGCAACAUCAAGUACCACUUCCCGCUGGCCUACACCGUGACCAUGCUGUGCUGGUCGCUGCUGGAAUACGAAUCCGUGUACCGGCUCGUGAAUAUGCACAACGAAAUGGCGGAGCUUAUAGACUGGGGUGUACAGUACAUCCUCGCUUCAAGAUACCAGGACCUGAUCUUCGCGCAGGUGGGCACGCCCGAGAUCGACGACGUGUGUUGGAUCCGACCGGAGGACAUGAAGCCCGCGCAGCGCCCCACCAUGUUCCCCUGCGACGUGACGCACCCCUGCUCCGACCUCGCGGGUGAAUACGCCGCCGCCCUCGCCGCCGCUUCGCUCACGUUCCGCGUGGGUAAUCCCGCGUACGCGGACCAGCUUCUGCAGAGCGCGGAGGAGAUUUUUGAAUACGCGGACCAGUACCGCGGGAAGUACAGCGACUGGGUGGAGGCGGCGCAGGCGGAGUAUAACUCCACGGGGUACGGCGACGAGCUCAUGUGGGGCGCCACGUGGCUGUACUUCGCGUCAGGAGACACCAAGUAUCUGGACUACGUGAUCGGGCCCAACUCGUACAUCUUCGAGACGAACCAGUGGGGUCCUGGCACGAAGACGUUCGACUGGGACAACAAGUCACCCGGCGUGCAGGUGCUGAUGACGCGGCUGCUGAUGCUCGGGUACGGGGCGGGCAACGAGGGGCAGAUCCCGCAGUACCUGCAGACGUACCUCAACGCCGCGAAGCUCUACGUGUGCCAGCACACGCCGCACUGGCUGCACGCCAACUUCACCGACAGCGGCGGGCUGAUCUACGUGAGCGACGACCAUCCGAUCCAGUACGCGGUGAACGCGGGGUUCCUGUCGGUGCUGGUGAGCGACUACCUGCGCAUCGCCAUCAACGCCAACGUCUCCUCGCACUACCUCGACUGCGACGCCACCAUCGACGACAUCGUCGACUUCGCCGCCUCGCAGGUGAACUACAUCCUGGGCGACAACCCCCAGAAGAUGAGCUACAUGGUGGGCUUUGGGGAGAAGUACCCCACGCGCGUGCACCACAGAGCCGCCUCCAUCACGUCCAAACAUGUGGACCCCACGCCCUUUGACUGCGCCACUGGCCAGCGCUUUAAAGUAUCCAAGUACCCCAAUCCAAACGUUCUCGUAGGAGCAAUCGUGGGCGGUCCAGCACGCGACGACUCCUACCUGGACGACCGCACGAUCCCCCAGCAGAUCAAGAGAACCCCACCUGCUCCUCCGCUGUUCUUCAAGGGCCAGGGGAAGUGGAAGCUGCCCCCUGCCCUCCCUCCCAAAACUGCUCCCUCGCGGAAGGUUCUGCCUCCUGCUGGCAAGCUUCCUUUGGUGCAUGCUCCUCCUGCCAUCCCCAAGAAGCCUGUCAAAUUGCCCCCUGUUGUGGAAGCACCUCUUGGGAAGAUCCCUGCAGUUGUAGAGGCACCGCUUGGGAAGAUUCCUGCUGCUCCAGCUGCUAAGGUUCCAGCUGCCAAGGUUCCAGCUAAGGUCCCAGCUACUAAGGCUCCUGUCCCUGCAGCAAAGGCAGUGGCCCCAGUCAAGGAAGUUCCUGCAACGCUCACCCCUGUUGCUGCAGGAAAAACCGCUGCAUCGGCUGCGGGCCUCUUGCACAGGAAGUUUAUGCCUGCCCUCACAAUGGAGUUUGGCUUUGACCAUGGCUUUGACCACAAUGCAGCGCCGUUGCAUGUCCACCCUACACCCUGCGCCGUGCAUGUCUCCCUGUUUGCAUGUCCACCCUGCACCAAUGCACUCAGCAUCUGA